ACACACGAACAAUAUCUCCUUGUUUCUUCUUCAGAGAGCAGCUGUGAAAGAAAUUGGGGGAGGGAGAUGAACAUAACAUCCCAUCUUUGUGUUUCAUACAGAGCAAAGCUUUUAGACCAGCCUUCCUGAACUGUAGGGGGCGGGGCAUGCCUUAAAAUUAAACAUCAGUGACCUGAGCAGGCUUAUAAAAUAAGCUUGGGAGAAGUCAGUCACCAAGACAGGGCAUCUCAGAGUGGAUGAUUUUGCGUGUGGAAACUGCUUUCACCUCGAUAAAAAAGGUCCGUCUCCAGCCUCCCAGCCCAAAGAUGGUGCCAGCGCUGCUGCUGCUGCUCCCUGCCCUGGCUGGCCUCUUCGGAGCAGCUGAGGGACAAGCUUUCCAUCUCGGGAAAUGCCCCAAUCCUCCGGUGCAGGAGAAUUUUGACGUGAAUAAGUAUCUUGGAAGAUGGUAUGAAAUUGAGAAGAUCCCAGUGAGCUUUGAGAAGGGAAGUUGCAUCCAAGCCAACUACUCAUUAAAGGAAAAUGGAAAUGUCAAAGUCAUAAACAAGGAACUGAGAGCUGAUGGAACUGUGAAUCAAAUUGAAGGUGAAGCCACCCAGGAGAACAUCACAGAGCCUGCCAAGUUGGGAGUUAAGUUUUUCUGGUUCAUGCCGUCAGCUCCAUACUGGGUCCUGGCCACCGACUAUGAAAACUACGCCCUCGUGUACUCCUGUACCACAAUCAUCUGGCUUUUUCACAUGGAUCAUGUUUGGAUCUUGGGAAGAAACCCUUAUCUCCCUCCAGAAACAGUGACCUAUCUCAAAGAUAUCCUGACCUCUAAUAACAUUGAAGUUGAGAAAAUGACGAUCACAGAUCAGGUGAACUGUCCCGAGUCCAUGUAACCAGGCUCUAAAGGGAGCUGCAUUCACUCCAUGUUCCUUCUCUUGCUUUGCUUUCCCCUAUACCAACCCUCAUAAAGACAAACCAAACCACCAGAGCAAACUAUUACACCUACCAGAAGGGAAAUGUGGCAGCAGAAGCUAAUGGAGAAGAACCCAAGGCAACUUGGCCCAAACAUUUAGCCAUGCACCAUUCUGUUACCUUGCGUGUCUGAUAAUAAACUUGCUGCUGACCUGCUGUGCUCACAGUAGAUUCUAAACUGGACUAAUUAUUGUGGGGUUUUAAUUAGAAGCUUAAGUUUGGAAAUCCUUAAGCAGUGAUGUUGAAAAAAAAAAUGAAGCCCUGAACAGUUUAAAGGUAACAAUCCUGUUUCUAGAAAGAGAAAGCUGAUGGCAAAGUGACCUGAAUCCAGGUGCCCCCAUCCUGCAAUAGGCAGUCCUUAGCGGGGGGAAUCCUAUGGAAUUUUUGAGUCUCUGACAGGCAGUUUCCUGGAAACAUUUGCUCUCAGGAGGUCUUCAGAACCACGUGAAGAAUGGGACCAUCUUGAGUCUGUGCAAUGAAGAGAGUCUGUGAGGGAGAAGCCAUGGGAAUUUUUUAAGAAAAUAAUUUUUUUGUCUUUUAUUCAACUGAUACUUACUGGGACUCAAGAGCAUUCCAGGCAUUGAGAAAUAGAAUCCAUUUCCUCCCACAGAAGCUCACAGACUAGCGAGGGAGACUGACAAGUAGAGAUAUGGAUUUUAAUCCAAGCUGAGGGGUGCAAAGGCAGAGGCGUAUGGAGGGAGCCGGGGAAGCUCUGAGAAGAUCUCAACCCCUGCCAGACACAGGCACUUACGAGGUGGUACAGUCACACAUUGGGGCAUUCCAGCUUCAAGGAGUCAGGAAGCACCUGGAGUUUGCUGCUGAUUCUUUCUUUCUUUUUUUUUUUUCACAUUUUAACUCUUAAAAUCAAAAUAGCCUCAAAAUGAUCACCCUGCGAUUAUUCUUAUCUCGCACAAAAUUUGUAAUCCAUUAAUGUUUGGGAAAUGAAUAGAAAAUGAAGACAUUUGAUUAGAUUUUUGCAUUUUCAGCACAAAUAUAAAAUAUUCAUUUCCUGGA